CCAGUAACCUUUGAACUCUUCAUACUGGGCUACUAUUCGAUCAAUAUUCAUAUAACAUAUAAUAACCAUUCAUUGUUCAUUUUAAACGCAAAAGACGUCGCUAAUUACUUGCCGCGAAAUCGUCUUCGACAACAUUCAAGAUAAUAAUUGUCAGAAAGGAACGACCGAUAGAUAGACUGGUCGAUAGAGCUUAGGGUGGCAUAGCGUGGUUCAUACUCGUGUUCCGUGUACACACGAAGCUGCGAUACACGCGCCAUACGCAAGCACACAGAACCACUAUGGGGAAAGAGAGACAGAAAAAGAGAGGCAGAGAGAGAGAAAGGGAGAGGGCAGACGACAUGCGCCGGCCCUCGUUGCUGCAUGUUAUAAUGUUCGAAGCCCACGAACAGAACGAACGUUGGACGACAGUCAUUCAGAGCUCGACCAGUGUGCCGUACGUUUCGUGGCUCCUCUCAUCCUCGUGCUACAUCGUGUUCGUUCACAUCCGCCCUCGGUUCCCGGCAUCGCCGAUUAGACUAUCUGAGAGCCGUCAAUUAACCAGAACAGGAACUAAAAAUACAGGAAAGAAUGAUGCUCUGAAUGUGAUCAUCGCGUUCACACCGGACAUUUAUUUCCCGAUGAUUUUUUUCUAUGAUGCGCUAAUAGAGGAUAGACAUUAGUGACCAGUGAUAUUUGGAAACACUAGACAUCUCUAAGGGGUUAAAUAGUUUCCUCCGAAUAUUCGUGUAAAGGUCGGUUUCCAUCAGCUCAUCCAUGCAUAUCCAAUAAGAAAGGAUUUUGUGGAUCAACAGAGAAGCAAGAUGCGAAACACAUAUGGAACCUUUGGAAGGAUGUCGAAGUCGGGAAGUAUCAAGGAUGGCGAGAAAGGGCCGUACGACCCGGUUCCAAGCACCGACAAAGGCAACGAUGAGAUCAAGCUCGAGGCAAAAAUGUCUUUGUUGAAUGGAAUCACCGUGAUCGUCGGCUCCAUUAUUGGUUCUGGCAUAUUCGUUAGCCCGACUGGUGUUCUCAAGUAUACAGGAAGCGUAAACGCGAGUCUUUUGGUGUGGACAGCUUCCGGUAUUUUCUCCACGGUAGGGGCAUACUGUUACGCGGAACUUGGAUGCAUGAUCAGGAAGUCAGGCGCCGAUUACGCAUAUAUUAUGGAAACUUUCGGACCUUUCCUCGCGUUCAUCAGGCUCUGGGUUGAGUGUAUGAUAGUGCGGCCUUGCAGUCAAGCCAUCGUGGCCUUGACUUUCAGCGUUUAUGUGCUGAAGCCGGUGUUUCCAGAUUGUGCUCCACCAGAUGAUGCUACGAGAAUACUUGCAGCCUGUUGCAUCUGUAUUUUGGCGUUUAUUAAUUGCUGGGAUGUAAAAUGGGCAACGAGAGUGCAAGACAUCUUUACAUAUGCAAAAUUACUCGCACUUUUUAUCAUCAUCUUCACUGGAGCUUAUCAAUUAUUCACCGGACAUACAGAAUAUUUUACGUUCGAUAACACGAAGACAGAAGUGACAUCGAUAGCACUUAGCUUUUAUUCGGGAUUGUUCGCUUAUAACGGCUGGAACUACUUGAAUUUCAUCAUUGAGGAAUUGAAGGAUCCUGUAAAGAAUUUACCAAAGGCUAUUGCAAUCUCGUGUGUCCUUGUUACCACGGUCUAUGUUUUUGCAAACAUGGCAUUUUAUACGACACUGAGUCCGGUGGAAGUUCUUGGCAGUGAAGCUGUCGCUGUUACCUUUGCUAAUCGUUUAUUCGGAAUGUUUGCUUGGACGAUACCAGUGUUUGUCGCUCUUUCCACGUUUGGUGCCGUAAAUGGAAUUCUUCUUACUUCCUCCAGACUUUUUUAUGCUGGCGCUUGCGAGGGUCAAAUGCCUGAAAUAUUGACAAUGAUUCAAAUUUCGAGGCUCACACCUACUCCUGCUGUUCUUUGCAUGACUUUAUUGUCAAUGCUAUACCUUUGUUCUUCAGACAUUUUCGCCCUCAUCAAUUAUGUUGGCUUUGCUACUUGGUUAAGUAUAGGUGUCUCUGUUUUAUGCCUACCAUGGUUGAGAUGGUCCCAGCCGAAUUUGUCUAGACCUAUCAAAGUGAAUCUUUUCUUCCCCAUAAUCUACAUCCUUGCAACUCUCUUUGUAACUAUUGUACCCAUGUACGCCAGUCCUGUGGAAACAGGAUAUGGUUGCUUGAUGAUCUUCUCAUCCAUACCUGUAUAUUUUAUAUUUAUCGCGUGGAAAAAUAAACCAAAAUUCUUCCAGAAAGGAGUCGUAAGCAUCACAAAGUUCCUGCAGAAAAUAAUACUGGUCGUUGGCAAGUCGAAACCCGCUCAGGUUUAACCGCAUCUAGAACGGAUCCUCAGUCUUCACAACGAUGACUUCUUAUUCCAAGAGAACCAAACAUUGCUCAGAGAGCAAUGCAGUGUUUUUUAUUUCAAAAAUAUUUUUUCAUAUUUAUCUGGAGAAAAAAAUUUGAAAAAUCUAUGUAGAAUUUGAAAUAAGACUCCAAGUUCAUACAUAAUUGAGUCCAAAAAUAUUUGAUUAGAUUAGAUAUCUAUUUUUUAUUAAUAUUUUAUGAAAAUUUUAUUUUUUUAUAAAAAUAUUUUAUUUUAUUUUAUUUUAUAAAAAAAACAACUUGAUGUCAAUUUUUCAUAUAUUUAUUAUUUUAUUCUAUGAUGAGACUUUGAUUAUUUAAAAAGAAAAUAAAAAGCAUAGUGAAAAAUCAUAUUUUAAAAAUUAUGUAUUAUAGAAUUUAGAGUCUAAUAUUCUACAACAAAUUCUACAAUAAGUUAAAUUUAUGACAGAUUUAAUAAAAAAGAUAUAAAUUUCAAAAUAAAUACAUUCCAACGUUACUAAUUAUAUAAAUUAUAUCUCAAAAUCUAAUAUCAAUUUAAAUAAUAUUUGUUUCUCUGAGCGUAGAAAGGUGUCCUGACUAGAGGCAGCCAUAUCAAAUCAGGACGCCUGUUAAUAAAUAAUCUCAAAGACUGGUUCUCUCGUCUGGUUGUCAUCUUUGCUAAACUGAUAUGAAGAUUUCCGCAGUAAUUUAUCAUUGACGCGUUUCCAAGGAAGGUAUAAUAUCAUAAAUAACUAAUGACCACAAUAUUGUAUUUUAACAUAAAAAAGCAUUGACAAAUAAUUGUCAGAAGGAAAUAUGAUUUACUCCUUCAUUGAAAACGUGGAUACGAUUUGAAAGAGACAUUUUAUUGUUAUUAUAUACCGUUUCAU